CAUUCUAAGGAGGGCGGGGCUUUGGGCGUGGCUUUCCUUUUGCGUUUUGAUUUAAAUAUCUUCAGCAGCCAGAUAUAUUAAUCCCAUAAACCAUAAUCAAUCUCAGACGUCUGCACUGCUGCUGUUGUGUGCGCGAUGUCAAACGGGGACAGGGUGGUUUUGGCGCUUGGCGGGGCAGGAACUGUGGGCUCCGGGAUAGUGAAAGCGCUCCUGGAUAGAGGUUUCAAGGUUGCUGUGAUCUCCAGAGACAGCAGCAAGUUGGAGAAACUCAAGGGGUUUGUUUCACCCAACACAAAAAUUAACCUGACCACUUUAGUGGGCAAUGUUGGCUCAGAGGAAGGAGUUGAAGAGGUGAAAAAGGCCUUGCUUAAGUCUGUGGGGAAGAUCACAGAUGUGGUGUCCUCUCUGGGGUUCAGCUGGUGGCAGGGAGGUCCACCACACACCCAGCCCCUCAAAGAACUGAACUGGGUUUUUGAGACUCUGCUGUUUAGCACCUUUGUGUCUUGGAAAGCAUUCUUUCCCCUGGUGAGAGAGGAUCCUAACUGCACCUACACAUUCAUCACAGGAGGUGCUGGAGAUAAAAUACUAAUGCCUGGCACAGGGUUCCUGACCAUAGGGUCAGCUAGUGCUCUGGCUUUCUGUCAGGUUCUGCGUGAAGAGUACCCAGAGGUGCCAUGCAAACUCAACCAGGUGAAAAUUAAUACAGGUGUGGCGGCCCCAGACCGAAUGGCCCCUGGAUAUCUGAAUCAUUUGGAUUUAGGCGAGGCUGUGGCUGUUCUGGUGGAGCGCCGGAACACGUCUCACACCGUCUUCCCUGUGAGCUCUCCUGCUGACCUAAAAACUGUUAUCUUGGAGGGCAAUUUGUAAGCACAAUAAAACAAACCCAAAAGUACAUCAUCGGAUUUUACUCUGUAUUCACUUUUUCCUGUCGUCAGUAUGCAUGUAUUGUUUUAUUGCAUGUCAACAAAACAUUUCUGUAUUGAGAAUUCCAAGCGUUGAAAUAUUCAUUGUGCUUAAAACAAAUCAACCUAAUCUCCAACGGAGUGGUACAGAUGUUUGGAGCAUCUAAUCUAAAUGACUGGAGAAAAAUGUGUGAGAACAGGAUGUGAAAACUUGUACUUUUCCUUUGUUAAAGAGAGAAAGGGAAAAUAUUUGGCAGGUUUUUGGCACACUUGCAGCCCCUUAACGUUACUCCCUGCCCUGUUUCACCCAAAACUUAUCUGGCUGCUACUUACACAGCUCCAAUUAUUCCCAGCCGUUUGACCCAUAAUAAACAGCGUGUGGGGGGUAAGGGGUUAAAAAAUAACUGGCACCCAAAAAAGGAGAGAGAAUGGAGGGCAUUGUUAUCUUUGUUUGCUUUUAUUAUCAAAUUUGCAUAAACGCUUUAUUGACAUGAAUGUAAAUUUGGCAAUAAAAGAAUCUGGAUUCAGUGAAGUGUUUAACUGGCAGAAAUAUUAUUGGGGGUUGAGAAUGCUUUGUCAGCUUGUCGGCUAUGCAUUUGCUUUGUGCCGGCUUAUUUAACCUGAAUUACAGUAUCUACAGAUAAAAAUAUGUGUCACUGUCCUAAUGCAACCUAAACAUGGUCUCCUUUGUUACUCUGUAAGUGCCUGAGAGAAGACUGAAUUCAAAAUAUGAUGCAUUUGAAUUGUGUGUCAGAGAAAAUUCAAAUAAUGAUAAUAAAAAAAGCAAACUCCU